AUGGCAAGUAUCCCAACCAGCUGCAGUGAGGGUGAACCUGAAGCAAAGAAGACAAAAUUGUCUAAAGACGACCCUGCUGUGUUGAUGGUAUGCAACAGAUGGUUGCCUAAAGCAUUAGACUACUCAAUCUCUUUCAUCAAUAGACAACUAGCAAUAUUAUUGGCAAGGGAUGGAAAACGUGUGUAUUCAAUGGCAGUGGAGGCAACUGAUGAAGACAAAAGGGAUGCUGAUAAACACAACAUUGAAUUGUUGUUGUUUCGUCAUCGCAAUAAAGAGUCAUAUACUCCAGAUGAGGGGUGGUUAAACAGUUGGAGAGAUGGUUUCCCUCAGCUUGAGGGAAUUAAAAAUGACAUAUCAUUGGUGAUUGGCCAUUUUUGCCCUGAAGAAGAGUCCACUGCUGAUGCUGCUUGUGGUAUUCAGAAGGUUAUGCCAAAAGCUCAUCUAGCACUCUUCUGUCAUAAUACACCUACUAAUAUGAGUGAUACUGCAAAUAAAGACAAACUGGAUAAGGACAUUUUGGAAUAUGCACAGAAAGCAUCGUUAGUGUUAUCACUGGGCAAACAUGUACACGAUGAUCUCGACCUUAAGUUUAUGGCAUUGGAUCCUAGAGAAGAUGGGUCUACGCCCAUAUUUCAGGUGUAUAUUCCCGGACCAGAUGAUGAGGUUCUCCAGCAAAACAUAAGUCAUGUUAAAAUGGAAUCAGAAGUUAACGUGCUUACAGUAGCAAACAAUUCUACAGAUACCUCACAUUUUGAGUUGAUAAAGUCUGCAAUGGUUGAUGUAGCAGAAACAAACCACAACAACCAUAAGAACACUAUUCUGACUGUUGGUUGUUUAGAUACAAAUGCAAAUAAAGGCACAAGUAAAGACAGACACUUACAGGUCGUAACUCGUGAAUGUACAUCUCUAAAAAAGCUGAUAACUCUUACCAAGCAGUGUAACCUCAUCGUCGAUCCAGAUGUAAACAAGCCAUUCAGUCUUACAGCUUUACAUUGCAUAGCAACUGCAACACCAGUACUUGUGAAUGGAAAUUCUGGAUUUGCUCAAUUUAUUGAAGAAGAGGAUGGUUUCGAUGUACUAGCAAGCAAUGCUGUUGUUGAUACUGGCAUUAAUUUUAAUGGAGACAUAGAGAUGAAUAAAGAUAAAGAAGAAUGGAAAAAGCUCCUGUACCGGACACUGGAUAAGUAUGAUGUAUCUCUCAAAUGGGCUAGCAUGAUGAAAGAUGCCUUGAACAAGUCAAUCACUUCUGGGCGCAUUUUUCAUUGCAGGGAAAAUUUUGUGAAGUGCUGUAACAGCAUCCUUUCCUUGUGCAAAGAUGAUGAAAAAAAUGAAACACCAUCUAAUCCAGUCACUGGACUUUCCCAGCAGUUAGAUGAAGACAAAAGAAUUGAACAAGAUCGUGAUAUCAAUCCAGGUAGUUCUCCAAAACAUUCUACAAAUAGUGGAAACUCAUCACAUAACCCUACAGGAGAAUCAUGUUACGAGCACGGCCGUGUAAAUAUAUAUGUCCAUUCUGGAGAAAAACAGGUGGAUCAAAAAUUGAGGCAAAUUGAAAAUUUGAAGACUACUAGAGCACAAAUAGAGGCAGAGGGUGACAUAGAAACCAGAGAAUCGAAGGAAGGCUGCCUCAUCCUGCCCGUUAUAUGCAAGCGCGUCAGAGCAUUGGAUAGGCUUUGGUCACAGAUGUGGUCAGGAGAGCUGAAUCAGAUGAUUCAAAAGGAGAUCGUCACACCAGAUUUCCUGCAAAGUGUAAAUUUAACUGAGGUCAAGUUGACAACCAAUAUUCUUACAUGGGAGUACAACAGAUGCAGAGCAGAACUUAUCCUUGUUAUUGGAGAUUUGAUUCAAUUACAGGGACAACAGCAUACUACAUCAGACACAGAAGGCAAAGACAUUAUUUCAAUGGAAACACAUUGUGUCGUGGCUGUUGAAUGUGACUCCAAAAACAUCCACAGAGAGUUAGUGCGCAACGUGUUUCAAAACUACGGUAAUGUUAUUUCCGAACAUUGGAGACGUUACGAGGAUGUAGAGAUUGCACGUUUCAAUCUGGACAACUGCGAUGUGAUAAGGAUUAUUGAUGAUGUAAAAGAUCAACCGGAAAAGCUGUAUUUCCUUGGUGUGAUGAAAGUCGUAGCAGUUAACAGUGAAAUGGAAUCUUUUGUAGAAUAUAACAAAGAUAAGAUGACUACAUACGAUGACAAUGCUCUAUAUGGUUUUCUCCACACAAAUGGUGUGGAUAUCCAAAGUAUCGUGAGAAAAACAAUGGCUCAGUUGAAAUCCAAUAACGCUUUUCUGAGAGGUAUGUCUCUAUUACUGAUUGAACCAUCACCGGAGGCAUAUAUGGGUGUAGCCACACACUUCCUGGAAGAUGCCAUAGAAAAUAGGAAAUUACUGAUAUCAAAAAAUAAAGAGCUAAAAGAAAAGAGCGAUUCAGUAGUAGAGUUGGAGAGAAGCCUGAAAGAAAGGUUUGUAUACGAGGACAAAUUACGUAAAAUUCUAGCAGAAUUGCAGAUUGCUAGGAGUAGAGACAAUGACAAGCUGAAAGAAUUUGAAGUUGCGACAUUGAAAAAAGAUGAACGGAUCAACGACUUGAUGCAACAGUUAUCAAAAACCAAGGAACAGUUGGAAUAUGAGAAGAUGUUACAUACUACAUUAGAGAAGUCGGCGCAGUCAGAUACAGAAACAAAGAAACAAGUUGUCCAUGGUGCAAGCCCAGAUGAAAAGCCAACAAAUAUAGACACUAAGAAUGAUAAUAAACAUGGCGAUGGAAGUAAAGAGGAAUCAGUACACUCAGACACAGAGAAGAAAGAAAAAGAUGUGUACAGUGCACUCCCCAGUGUUGAUGAGAAACAAGCGACGACAGACACUAAAACCGACAAUAAACAAAGACUUGAUGUUAGUGGUAGGGAUACUGGUAGUGAUGAUGGUGGCGACAAUGAUGAUGAUGGUGACAGUGAUGAUGGCGGUGACAGUGAUGAUGGUAGUGGCAGUGAUGUUGAUGGAAAUAGUGAUAAUGGCAGUGAUAGUGAUGAUGACAGUGCAAAUAACGAGGACAAGAGAAAGUUGUAUGCUGAUGGACGAGGUACAGCUGAUGUCCAGAGUGAUGACGAAGAACAUGGUGAUGACCACGGUGAUGGUGAAGAACAUGGUGAUGGUGAAUAAGUUAUUCGUUUGAAAAAGACUGGUUUCUAACAGGAACAAACAAUCUGAACAGAUUGCCAAGAUAUGAACCUCCCCAAGCAUCAAUCUGACAGAAAUUAAAGGUCAAAGAGUAACUGCUCUUUGAGUUAAUAAAUAUUUAAGUUUAUAAGUAAAUAUGUAUUGUGUUUGCUGACUUCAGUUUUAAAAACGCAACUUUUGCAUUCCAUAUCAGUCAACACAUUCGGGAGAUGGGAUGGUGUUAUUACCACACAUAUUUAAAGCCAGUAAUAAACAUACUAGUCAUUUGGGAUGCAAUCAAAAAGAUUAGGAUGCAUUAUCCAGCAAAAUUGUCAGUUUUUGUCCAUGACGAUUUGUUUCACGAUUGAAUAAAAGAUAGCC